AUUGACUGGAGAAGUGGCUACAAAGUUUCAGGUAGAAGUGGAGGGAGAGGAGCCACAUGUGACAGACAUUGCAGAACUUUAAAUCGUGAUGGGGACUUCGGUGGUGUUCUGCCUGGUUGUCAGCUUCGCCCUGUUUGGAUUCGGCCGCUCCCUCGAGUGUUACUCCUGCCCCGACGGCUCCUCAGACAGCUGUGAGGUCACGCAGCAGUGUAACCAUGGCGACGACACCUGCCUCCGGCUCGAAAGCGCUGGAAAGACCUAUACGAAGUGUAUGAGGCUCGCAGACUGUGACUUUGAGGUCCUGGCGGUCAGCUUUAACCUCCGCGGAUUCACCUCCUCCUGCUGUCAAUCAAACCUGUGCAACGGCGACCCAGAGGAGUCAAAAUGGAAAAAAUUCAAAAAUUUUUUAAGGGAGCUUUGGGAUGCUCUGAAAUAAGAAAUACAUUCAUCAGUGGCCAGAGUGAAGAAAAGUGAAGAAAAUCUGGCUACGGUUUCAUCACUUUCCAUUUUCAGGCAAAAGUUAGGACUAGUUUGGAGAUAUCUACACUUACUCUUACACUUGGCAGGCAGACCAUGCUGGACUCUUCAGUGUUGAAUGCUCCUUCAAAUAAAGUACUCUGGCUCAUAACUCGCUGUAAGAUUUGCACUGACCUCAUCAACUUUUCAGCUUCAUGCCCUGUCUCCACAUCUCCACAUGAAACAAUCAUUCAUUACUGAGUAAAAUAAUAAUGAAAAGUUAGUUUGGCUGAAGCGUUGCCCAAUAAACUCAGUUAAUAUGUUAGCGUUAAUCAUGUUGGUGUGGUUUCCCGUAGGCACUACACACACAGGGCUGAGCAUGAAGAACACAACACGUUAAAAUAAACACCACACAGAGGAUUGUAGAGGAUUGUCCCACAAAGGGCAGCAUCCAGGGCAGUGUCACCAAGCCCUCUGACCACACCCAUCUCUGGGACGUCCCACAGCGAUGAACGAGUGGUUGAGGUUAGGGUCAGGGUUAGGGUUAGGUUGGAGGUGGGCUUUCCUGGAAAGGGAGAAA